CUGUUUCCGCGGUUUUCACGGAGAUUUACUGGACUCGUACGAUCAUCCUACUAAGUAUCGAUACUGGUAACAUCCCGCGCUGUUUAAUCGCGUGAUCGACUCUCGAUAGAAUGCAGUUGCCGUGUGCUGGAUGGCAAGUGUUUCAACACUGUAGCACUUCCAGCGUCUCUCUGAGUGAGAGGUUGACCUUCGCGCCGUUGAUUUCGAUUAGAUCGGUCGACGGUUAGUUCGACGACGAUGAUCACUACAAGGCGGGACGCCUCGUAGAAUCUUAACUUGGGCGAAAAGAGCGAUUUUGGAAGAAAUAUUCGAGAGACAUCAGGAAGUUCACGCUCCAAAAAUGGCCUUCGCAUUCGCGUGCGACCUGACGUGAUGAUUGUUACGCGAGAUCGUAUUAUAGAGCUUUGCUCCAUAUCCAGGUCAUUCCGAAUCAAAUCAUCACUUAUAGUUCAAUGAGAAAUUUCUGAAGUAAACAGGACAAUCUCUAGUGAGGAGAAAAGAGGAAAAAAACGCGAGUGACUUCUCGAUUAUGACAUCGCACGGAAAGUAUAACUCGGGGGAUGCCGAAACUUUCUAGACGAUGAAUCGCGAACGAGCUUUGAGCCCCACGCAAAUUCGCGGGUAGCGGUUUGCCAGAAAAAAAAGGACUUUCCAUACGGUGGAUGUGUUUUAAAUGGGGAACAAAAUAGAUGAUUUUGGAGGUAUGAGACUCUCGACUAUGCAAGAAAACAGUAGAAACGAGGUAAGAAAGUCUGGAAACCAAGUUUCUAACAAUGCAACCAUGAUGGAUAAUGCUAAGUAUGGAGAAGAUAACGAAAUGACAGACAACUUAGAGAAGGAGGAAGGUUCUGUGGUAUCCAAUCUUCCUCUUUUGUUUGCUAAUGGUUAUCCCACAUCCCUAGAGAAAAUUACCAUGGUGCAACUAGAACGUUUUAUAUUAUUUAUGGUUCAUUGCUCACUGGGCCAUGACACAACUAAGAUUAUUAAUAAGCCUGAGUGGUGGCCUCAAGAUAUUAAAUUUUCAAGUCCAUUAACGAGACCCAAAAAGAUCAACGAUAACUGGAUGGCAAAUCUAAAGAAAUUAGUUUUUCGAUGUUACACGUAUCACAGAAGUGAAUAUUUGUUACGUUUUUGUUCCUAUUUAGCUCAGUAUCCACAUGAUGAAUUAGAAUAUGUUAAUAAUUGGGAUUCGACAACUAGUCUGUAUCACAAAAGUACAGGAAAACUACUAGUGACAUUUCGUAAUGAAAACAUGCAUUAUGACAGAAGAAAUGACAGCCCCCGAAGAACAUUGUUAUCCCAUAAUGCGUCUUCGUCAAGCAAUAGAAAAGCAAAGCAACAAACUCCCAUGAUGGUUCAACCACCAUGUGAUGAUAUUUAUCUUUGUGACAAUUGCGAUGCUGAAUUUGUAGGCCUUGCGAAUAUGAAGGAACAUGAAAAAAUGUGCUGCGAACAAGAUCAUGGUGGAUGUAGUGGCUCGCGCUCGUCCACACCAGAUUUGUCCAUGGUCGAGCCUGAGCUACAACAAGAUCAAUUUCUGGAAUACUUUCAAUUACGAUCAAGUAAGACUGAAUCCAAAUCGGUUGAUGUAAAAAACAUGAGUGCUCCCGAUGGUAUCGCCAGACGCACCUCUGGACGUGUUAGGAGUUCUCUUAAUUUUACAAGAUUCGCCACCAUCCCGUUCUCAUCACCUGCUGGCAUAAUGCUAACCAAAAGGUCAAAGGCUAUGACUGAAGAAACGCAGCAGGAACGAUUAGAUAGAAUAGAAAGGCAUGUCAUCGCGCCGAUAUUGAACGAUUCGUGUAGACCAAAAUGGCUGGACACGGAAAUAGAUAACGAUAGAUGGAUAGUGACUUAUAAACAGAAUCGGGAUAAACGCACUGACCAUUAUGUGCAUCAAUAUAAAUUUGUGAAUUCCUCUAAAAGCAAACCAAUGCUGAGUAUACAGUCGCAAUUACUCUACGCCACAUGCAGACCUAUUUAUGUUGUUCUCACUCGACUCAACGAGAGCCAAAUUGAUGAAUUAAAAAAGGAUCCCUCAAAAUAUCAAUAUCCUCAGAGGAGUAUUAAUGUCCGAAAACUUUUAUUAAUGAAAAAAGCAGGACCGGCGUGUAAAACGAAGUUGAGAAAGACGGCCCAUACACAAAACGUAUUUGUAUCUUCGAAACGGAAGGCGCCACUGGAGGAUGAUGUAGAUACGAUUGUCGUUGAAGAAGAAGCCAACAUUAGUGCAUCAGCUAAAGAAACUUUAAUCGCGCUUGCCGCUGUGAAAUCAUUUACGGAUAAUGCCGAGGCUACCAAACCAGCCAAAGAGAAAAAGUGCCCAUCACAUACGAUAAUGUUGAUUGAUCUCUGUUCGUCUGACGAAGAAGAGAACGAUUUGAAUACUCGGACAUCGUGCGAUGAGAACAGAGAUCCCAUGAACACCGCGGAGUCUUCAAUCACAAAGUCCUUGUUACGAAAACUAUCACCGAAACAAACUUUACGCAAAACUUUGCAUUUACCUCGCACACUCAUCGAUAGACUGGUUAUUGAAUAGCAUACUGAAUGAAGAUG